AUGACGAGUUCUGGACGGCCGGCGGCUUCAGCACCAGCUGCGGCCAGCGGGUCCUGGGUGCCUAGCGGGCCUGUCGCGCAGGAUGUCCACCACAUCCUGCUCGAUGAUCAUAUCCGCUCCUGGACCAGCAGCUCGAUCGUCGACCCACGCUUCAUGCGGCUCGGCGGCGGGGAGCACGGUUCGCUCGUGGGGGGCCCCUGCCCCCAAGAGGCGGCCGAGAGGCUGGGCUGCAUCGUGCCGGUGGCGCCGGAGCGCAUUAUCCUGGAGCCGGACGGCUUCGUCAGGGCGGUGAUCGGGCACGCGAACCGUGCACAUCCGCCCAUCUAA